GUCCCAUGGCACAGGCAUUGCUCGGCGCCUGACCCAACGGCAGCACUUGCUGUGGCUGCAGCGGUGGUGGUGGCAGCAUGGCACGAGUGUGGGGGGCCACGGCCCCUGCCCGCCUUGUCCUCCUCCUGCUACUGAUGUCCCUGCGUUCCUGGGAGAUUUGUGCUGCUCCGCUUCCAGUACAGGGAGCAGAUGAUGACAUUGGUGCGCCCUAUUCAGAUGAUAGUCUGAAUCCAGGUUUUGUGCCUCGGGGUCAACCCAGAGGCCCUCUUGCUCAAUCCGCACAGCAGAGUCCUGUCCCUGAGCCUGGGGUGGACUCCAGAGGUGUGACUGGGAAUGAAGGUGCUCCAGCUUCCCCUCUGAGUUCCAGGACUGAAACUCCGGCAGAUCACAUGGAAGUGCCCCCAGGGAGGGCCUUGCUGGUUUCUCGGCUCCUUCCUGCGAUGGAGACCAGUUGGAAUCCCAUGGGUCCGCAAAGAGGAAACAGAGGAAAGGAUACACCUAGAAGAGGGAAGUACUACUGGUGGUCAUCCCGUGUCCUAAAGGAACCUGUGAAGAAAAUGGAGAAGGCAGCGCAUGGUGGGACUAAAGGGACUGACCAAGAGACUGUGCAGAAGGAGCCAUUGCAGGAAAGCAGCAGUGACACACGGCCAGUCUCUGACAGAAAAACACAGGCAGAACAAGCAGCUGGAUUGCCAGGGGUGGAUGUUGGGAAAAUCACAACGGCCGCUGUUGGCGAAGAGCUGCGAAAACACCACAUCCCAGUGAUUGCUGUGGUCUCCGCUGUGCUGCUGUCCGUGCUGAUGCUGGCCUGUGUUCCUAUGCUGUGGAUGUGGAAAAAAUAUCUGGCACGCAAGACAGAGCGGACAGCUGCAAGACAAGCUGACUGGGAGAGAGAUCAAAACAGAGAUGAAGGCAGAGCGGAGCUGGGGGAGGCUGCAAAGGAGGAUGUCCUCGACCAAGGAAAAAUCAUCUCCAGGGCAUUCUCCUGGUCCUUUGAAGCAGAAUUUGCUGACCUGUGCAACAGAAUCAGAGCAGACCCCUCCCUUCAGCCCACGCAUCCCAGCAGCUCUCCUACUGUCAACGUCUCUUCCCUCAGUAGCUGCAGCUCUCAGGAUACCCCUGAGCCAUCCAGUGCCCCUGUUACCGGUGCCAAGAAGGCUCGGGUUCAUUGAAAGGUCCCACUUUGUGAUCAAUAAAGACAUUCCAUUCAAAAGCUGCUGCUGUGACCAUUUCCAUUGAGUUAUAGGGCAUAGGGCUGGGGCCAGCACUUGGUGCAAGGGAAGCAGUCGGAGAGCUGCAUGCCAGGGAGGGCCUCCUUGGUCCCAGCCUCAGCUUGCUUGUCUAACUGGGCGGUCACCCAAGCUCCCACCAGAGCAGGGAAGUGCUGGGGAGACUUGAUAUGUGAAGAGUUGUCCUUGAGCUCUUCUGGGCUACUGCCCUGAAUCAGGGCAUGCAGGGAGGGAAGGAGGCACUUGGAAGGAAGCACUGAGCGCAUCUAGGAGAACCGACACUGCAGCAGAGGCUGGCAGUACAGUGAAACUGUACGGUGAAGCUGCAACAAAUGGAACGGAACAGAGAAUCUACACAGGGUAAUUGUUGAUGCCUUCAGGAGAGCAGACGACAGCCUGCCCCGUGGCAGUCCCUGUGGAGUCUCACCUCGCACAUUCACUCGCUCACGGACGGAGCUCGUCCCUCAGCACUGCCGAGGACUCU